CGGCUGCGCGCGUAGCGCCGCCCCUUUUCUGUUUUCUCAAUUUCUCACUCUUUCCCUUUCCACCUCACACACACACACACCCCCACUCCGCAAGUACAGUGGUACGGUCCGGCAUUGCCCAAGCAGCCUCGGCCGGCGCUACCACUCACCCACCACCGCGUCGUCAAGGGCCUCUUUCCUCGUCCUCUCCCCCCCCCAUUGUUGAGGCACAAGUGGAAGAGGCCGCCUCCGCUCGGAACCCAGCCGCCGCCGCCGCCGCCGCGAGUCCCCCCCCUCCCUUCUCCUCUCCCCGCUGGUGUAUGAGGGAUUCAUAACCGCGAGCCGUCGUCCCCCGCCAUGUCCACGCCGGCCCGGAGGCGCCUCAUGCGGGACUUCAAGAGGCUACAGGAGGAUCCCCCGGCCGGAGUGAGCGGAGCCCCCUCGGAGAACAACAUCAUGGUGUGGAAUGCCGUCAUCUUUGGGCCAGAGGGAACCCCAUUUGAGGAUGGAACUUUCAAGCUUACCAUAGAAUUCACGGAAGAAUAUCCAAACAAGCCACCUACUGUCAGAUUUGUGUCUAAGAUGUUUCAUCCGAAUGUCUAUGCAGAUGGUAGUAUAUGUCUGGAUAUUCUUCAAAACCGUUGGAGCCCUACCUACGAUGUGUCAUCCAUCUUAACAUCCAUACAGUCUUUACUGGAUGAGCCUAACCCAAACAGCCCGGCAAACAGCCAAGCGGCUCAGCUAUACCAGGAGAAUAAGCGGGAAUACGAAAAGCGAGUUUCUGCCAUAGUAGAACAGAGCUGGCGUGACUGUUGACCUUGGCUGAUGCAAAUGAACACUCUGAUGAGGAAAAUAUAUGUAUGAAGUGUCUGAGUCACCACCUCCUCCUCCUCUUCCUCCUCCUCCUCCUCUUCGCAUCACUGCAUUUACUCGGAAAGCAAAACUAGCUGUCUGUGCCGUUGCCAACUUCCCUCGCUGGAUCUCUUCUUCUUCUUUUUUUUUUUUUCUUUUGACAACAAAAAAAAAAAAACCCAACCCCCCCUUCCCCCCCCCCCCCACCUUCCCCUUGAGGUCAAAUGUACUGUACUUGGGUUACUUGUUAAAAGAAUGUCUGAGGCUGAAUUUCCACUUCCUGUGGGGUCGGGCUGGGGUCUACCAUCGCCAGUCUUAGGGGCAGUAUUGUGCUUUUUUUUUUUUUCCUCCUUCCCCCCUUUCCCCGUAGUGUACACUUAAGCUUUUAAUUGUAAUUGUGUUAUACACAGUGACGCUUACGUGUAGCUUGAGUCGAAAGAGAGCAAAAAAAAAAAAAAGGAUGUUUAUAUACAAUAUACAUUUUUAACUAUGACUUGAGUUGCUGAUCUGUCUGAAGCUGGUCAUUUAACAGUUGGGUUUCAACGUCACGACAUCUGUGAGUAUUUUAUGGAAGAAAAGGGGUGUGCUGCUUUUCCAUUUUCCCCUCUCGAGCUUCUUUUUUUUUUUCCAGCUGCGUGGGUUUUUUGCAGAACCGAUUUCCAAGUCAAGCUAGGGGUGGGGUGGGGGGGUGCUGGGAGGGAGGUGGGGGGUGGCGGCAGAGGGCCGAUCCCUGCUUUUUAUGGGUCAGGUGCAAGGUGAUUGAUUGGUGUUACGCGUGGACGUAAACGCAAAUUAACGGGCACUUUCAAAAGGUGCUCACGCUUUUGAGUGGAGUUGUGGGCGAGUACAGGAGUCGAGAGUUGGUGGCCAAACGGGUGCGUUAAGGGCAAACUUCAAAUGCUUCAAAAAACCUUCCCCCCCCCCCCAAAUUUCCCUCCCUUCUAUGAUUUUUAAUUUCUACCUCUUAACCUGGGGAGUAGGGAGGGAAGGAAAUGAGAUUGUUACAGCUUUGCUUACUGUUUGGGAGAAAAGGAAAGGGGGAAAAAAGUUUGCAAAUGCUACUGCAGCAUGUGUCUAUUCUGUUCCCUUCUUCCUUGCCUUCCCCUCUGCCUGAUUUACAGGGUUGUUUCACAUUUGGGUUUUGUGUGCGUGUGUAGCCGGGUUUGUACUUUAAUCAGCAGUGUGGGAGGAGACCAGUCGGUGGGUUUUUGUCCGCUCUACCAGUGUCUUCUAUGUAUACAUGAACUCUGGAGUACAACUUUGCACAAGUAACCCAUGUAAGAAACUGUACAUUUUUCAAUGACUUGUAAAUAAAUGUGUAACCGAAA